AUGGGCGAGAGGCUUCCGUACGACCGCAAGGACGUGACGCCGUACGGCGAUUACUGGAGGCGAGUGAGGAGCAUCUGCGUGCUCCAGCUGUUGAGCAACAAGAAGGUCCAGUCGUUUGGGACGGUCCAAGAAGAAGAGAUCUCUUUAUUUAUGGAGAAGAUCGAGCAGCACCGCUCAGUGGACCUGAGCAACAUGUUCGCGAUGCUGAUGAACGACAUCAUAUGCCGGGUGGCUCUGGGGAGGAAGUACAGCGACGACGAGCAGGGCAAGAAGUUCAAGGGACUGUUGACAGAACUGAUGGAUUUGCUGGGCACUUUCAACGUUGGGGACUUCAUUCCGAGCCUUGGGUGGAUCAACAAGGUGACUGGUUUAGAUGCGAAAGUGGAGCGUGUUGCGAGGGUGUUCGAUGAGUUCCUCAAUGAGGUGGUGGAGGAGCACCGGAGGAAGAUGGAGGAGAAGAGCGUUGGCCGCGGAGGUGAAGAUAGGGGAGACUUUGUGGACGUUUUGCUGGAGAUUGAUAAGGACAAGACUUGGUUUUGCUCUUGGUGCCGAUAG